AUGUCAAACAAACGUGUUGCAAUUUUGGAGCUGUUUCGACAAGGAAAACGUCAAUGUGAAAUUGUGCGUUUGCUCGGUGUUGGAAAGGACGUAGUGUCUAAAGCAAUUAAACGAUACAAGAAGCUUGGCCACGAUGGCCGCUGUCCAGGAAGUGGCAGAAAGCGGACUGUCAACACGUCUGCUAACCGCAAAAUCAUCAAGAAUAGAGUUCAACGAAAUCCGAGGAUCUCCAUGAGAAAAAUCGCUCGUGAGACCGGCGUAAGCGAGCGGUCAGUCCGCCGAAUGGCGAAAGAGGAGCUCAACCUCAAGACCUACAAGCUCCAGAAAGUUCAGCUUCUCACCGACGACAACAAACGCGUACGACUGAAAAGAUGCCGCCAACUCAAGCGUCGGGCCGCUGCUCAACGAUGGGAGUGUAUCCUUUUCACGGACGAAAAACUGUUCACCGUCGAGCAAGCGCACAACCACCAAAACGACCGAAUAUGGUCCGUAGAAGCUCCACGUACCUCAGCAGUCGUCGAGCAUCGUCAAAAUCCCGCUUCGGUGAUGGUUUGGGGCGGGAUCUGCGCCAGCGGUAAGACCCCACUCGUUUUUGUGGAUCAAGGGGUGAAAAUUAACCAAGAAGUCUACCGCCGCGACAUUCUUGAGGCUGUUGUGCUUCCCUUGGCUCAACAGCACUUCGGCAAUGCAAAUUGGACGUUUCAACAGGACUCGGCGCUGAUCACAAGGCAAAAAUGA